CGGUUCGAUUCGGUUCGAAGUUUAUACGACGUGGCACCGCAGCCAUCAGGAUCCAUACGGUGUCGUUUCAUUCUGUCUUCUUCCCCUUCCCCUUUCCCUUCGCUUCAGUAGAGUAUGAGGAGCAAAAGGAAGAGGGAAGAAGAGAGCAUGCGCAUGGGAAUGGGAAUGGGAGGGAUCGUAUGGCAAACCCCUGACAACCCUCCACAACGAAGCGAUUAUAUAUUUCAUAAUGGGAGGCGCCACGUUAGACCUUACUACUUCGAGUUCAUAGCUCAUGUAAAGAAUCGAUGGGCUGGCAAAACUAUUGUUGACUUGUUUGCUGAAGAGUUCAAAGGUCGACCUUACGAGUACUAUGUUGAUGCUGUCGAAUGUGGUCGCAUACAAGUCGAUGGGGAGAUGGUUCCUGUUUCAUAUAUAGUUAAAUCAUCUCAAAAGAUAAGCCAUUUCCUACAUAGGCAUGAACCUCCGGUAAUGGCUUGGGGCGUGAAAGUUCUCAAAGAAGAAGAAGAAGUGCUCACUGUUUGCAAGCCUGCAUCUGUUCCAGUUCAUCCAUGUGGUCAAUAUAGGAAAAACACAGUUGUCGGUAUACUCGAGGCAGAGCAUGGUUUGGCACCUCUAUUUCCUAUUCAUCGACUGGAUCGCCUUGUCUCAGGACUUCUUAUCCUUGCUAGAAAUGCAUCCAAAGCUGACCUUUUCAGACAACAGAUUGAGUCUGGGCUGGUGAAGAAGCAGUAUAUUGCAAGGGUAGUGGGUGUGUUUCCAGAAGAAGAGCAAGUGGUUGAUGCUAAUAUUAACUACAAUCCUCGAGAGGGAAGGAGCACAGCGGAGCAGAUGGUUGAUUCUUCCACUGAUACUCGAACCAAGGGGAAGGCCGCCCAAACAAAGUUCACUCGUAUCAGUUCCGAUGGAGUCCACAGCAUUGUUUCAUGCGAACCAAUUACCGGCCGAACUCAUCAAAUCCGUGUGCACUUGCAAUAUACAGGGUAUCCUAUAGCCAAUGAUGCACUGUACCUUACAAAAGAAGCUUCUGGUCGUUCCGUGCAAAAAACAACUGCAGAUAGAGCUGCAGCAAUAUCAUUCUGUUCUCCUGCACGUGAUGUUCAAGAAGAUUGUGCUAAUGCAUGCAAAGAAAACUGGAGCGAAGAUUUUGGUAUUGAUCCAAUGUGUACAAACUGUCCAAAUUUGGCUCCAAAGGGGUAUGAAGGAGAAGAAGAGGGUCUGUGGCUGCAUUGUGUUCAGUACUCUGGACCAGGAUGGAUCUACGAAUGCCCAUAUCCAGAAUGGGCUUCACUUGAAUAGCCUUUUGAGCUACCCUCCAUUGUUCUUGGCUUUGGCCCUAUAUUCAUUCGUACACUAACAUUUUUACCUAUGCUGAUUACAGAACAUGACAGCUUACGAAAAAUGUAAUUUAGGAAGGGGUUUCAAUACCCCCCCAGUCCAAUGCUUAUGGAAAGCAAGUUUCAAACAACUGGAAUUGGUUUAAAAUUUAAAUUUCAGUUGAAGGAUUUAUUAGAUAUUUUGAAGA